AUGGACGCUCUAAAGGUUUUCAGACCUGGCGCAAGUCCUCUUGCUCAAGCUUUCCGAAUUCGUCAGCCAUGGCAACGAGCGCAUAUCCGACCUCUCAUCGCGGCCAGGAAUCCUACAUUCACCGCUACUGUAGUUCGCCGUGCAAACUCGAGCUUUAGCAAGCAAUGGACCAGUCGUUUCAACUCUACCAGCCUAUCAAGGCGCUUUAACAUGCUCCGGCUCAGAAACCCGGUCAUCCGAAGGAUGAACAGCUCGAAACCUCACUUGGACCCAACGCCGCAUCUUGGAUCACCAGAGCCUGCGCCGUCGCUCUCGCAGAGAUUAAAGCAACUGUCGAAGGAGUAUGGCUGGUGCGCACUCGGUGUCUAUCUGGCUCUCUCAGCGUUGGACUUCCCUUUCUGCUUCCUUGCCGUCCGGUGGCUUGGCGCAGAGGCUAUUGGUCAAUACGAGCAUGCGGCGGUGGAGUGGUUUAAGGAGAUGAUGCCUUGGCCUUCAUCUGAAAAUGCUCCAGCGCAGACUGUGGGCGUCGAUCAAGCCCAAGUUCAAGACGGACAAGGCGAGGCGCUGGGCGAGGAGGCAAAGAAGCGGAACGGAAACGAUGCUGAUCAAGCAAGUAUUUGGACGCAAUUGGCUCUCGCCUACGCUAUUCACAAAUCCUUUAUAUUUUUCCGCGUACCGCUCACUGCGGCUGUGACGCCCAAGGUUGUCAAGGUGUUAAGAAGCUGGGGUUGGAAUGUCGGAAGAAAGAGCUCCAAGGCGGUAAAGAGUGCCAAAUGA